UACACAUUUUAUCUAAAGUUUCACCAAAACUUGUUCACCCCAUUUGUCUUCUGAAUUCUCAUCACUAACACAAGUGGUAGAUUCAUUGGCUUGGAACAUGGCUUCUAUCAUCAUGUCAUUUGCUCCAGCCACUGGAAGAGUUUUUGCAGCCACUGCUGCAAAGGGUGCUGGUGGAAGCAAAGAGGAGAAAGGUUUCUUUGAUUGGAUCCUUGGAGGGUUGCAGAAGGAAGACCAGCUGCUAGAGACUGAUCCUAUUCUCAAGAAGGUGGAGGAGAAGAAUGGAGGCACCACCUCCACUGGCCGCAACAAGAACUCUGUUGCAGUGCCACAAAAGAAGAAAGGAGGUUUUGGAGGCCUCUUUGCCAAGAACUGAACCAGUGAUUUACUCUACAUUUUUAUUUACUUGUCUUCUCAAACUCAAUCAUCCUUCUCUUCUCCACCUAGAUUCCAAUCUCUUGAUCUUAUGGAAUAUUUUAUGUUUGGCUCUUCUGGCUCAUUGUAUUACACAAUUAUAUCGAUUCAUUUUGGAUCAGUUACCAACCAGGUACAAUCUGUUAACAAUUUGGAUAUAUUUUCAGUUUUUUGGUUA